UGCUGAGUUCAGCUAGGUGAAGCUUGAGCCCUGAAUGUUGUCUGUUUCUUUUCUAAAGAUUUAGCGUAAGGAAGAAGAAGAGUUGUGGCUUCGGAAUUUGCCUUGGUCAUGGAAGGUCAGGACACUAUACAACUCAAGAUUAGUCAAGGAAAAAGUAAAAAAGUUGAAAGAAGAUGUGUUUUACUUUAUCUCAAUGGGGGUAAGUUUUCACAUUUAAAAGGAAGGAAUUGAUAGCCCCAAAAGGGUUGGAUUUCUUGAUAAGUGAUGUUUUGUAAACCAUGUUAAAUUUCUUCAAUGUGUAAGACUGAUCGGGGGGGGUGCUUGGUAGGGGUUAUUCUGUUAAAGAAGUUAUGGGAUGUUUGGUCUGACAAUAUUUUGAAUGAUCUGGCUGGCGAGGAUUGAGUUAUGCUUGAGGAAUAAAAUGGUGAAUCUGGUUGGCAAGGAAUGAGUUAUCAUCUUGGAUUGUGGGAAGGGGAAGGAGUUUUCAUGACACUGAUCAUCUGGGAUUCAAGAACUAAUGUUCAGGCAUAUUUUGCCGUUACAUUCUUCAAUAUACGUGACAAAAGUCCAUAAUGGAAAAAAGAAGAAAGAAACGACAGAUUCUUGCAUUCGUCUGGAGACCAUGGUGAAUGUUUCUACCGACUUGAUCAAACAUGUCUGCCAAGGGAGCUGGUAAUAAGCUGAUUCACAUUCUCAGAGAACUGCUCUUGCAUGAAAUGUGAACCCUCUGGCAAGAACUCCAUCCCAACGUCAGGUGCAUACUCUCACUUCCCCUCUUGUUAUGUAUUCCUCCUUCCCUGGGAACUUGAGAAAACAGUCUUUGCCUCCCACCAGAAGCAGCACAUGAACUUCCACUUUUGGAUCUUUAAUGGUCAAAUCUUUUGCCCCUUUCCAGUCAACUUGUAAAUUAAGCUUUUGUUUUUCAUUGUUGAAAUGGAGGAUGAAAGGUUCUUUCUUUCUUCAUUUCCUUAUUUAUUUAUUUAUUUUUAUCACAAUGUAAGUGAAUCUUUAAUGGUCAAA